AUGCAUUCGUUUGCCGACUGUCCACUCCGAACAUUCUGCUCUAUCACCACCGCAGACUAUGCUCCCUUCCCAAUCCUCAACUUAGACUUGCCCGCCCUCGACCUCAUCCUCUCCUACUUACAAUCCUCAACUGCCCGCUCCUCAGCCUCGUCCCUCUUCCACUCCUCCAACGAUAACAAUGCAUCCAAUCCUUCUGUCUCCUCCGAAGAAGCCAUCCUUGCGCAACGGAGGACAAGGGCCCUGCAGUUCCUCAGAGGGCGACCUGUUGAGGAUCUGUUGAUUGUCGAUCAUGAGUCCUGCCUCACGUCGAUCACUGGUGCAGACGGUGCUGUCCAAUCAUAUAUCCUCGCCGACAAUAUUCUCCAACAACUCCACUCUUAUACUUUCAACAUCAGUCGCUCCGACAGCAGCGUGAGCGGGGGAUUCAUCCAAAAACCCCGUUCACCGGCUCGCUCACAGGAGCAGCAGUUACUGGAUCAAGUCGUCCCAUCCUGGGAGGAGACAGACGAGUGUUCUACUAUAGAUCGAUCCUUCACCGAGUCCCAGCAGGCCUGUCGGGUCUAUGUCCUCAAGGAUGUCACAGAGAUGCACAGUCUCGCCCUUGCUGCCAGAGCAGACGCCCUGAAGAAGGAGCGCGCCUCAGCCUCGCGUCGAUCGGCUGAUGGUCGUAUGGUCACGGCUAUGACCAAUACUUCCGUUAUGUCCUAUGUUCAUCCAGACGACACCCGCGCUCUCUGCCAGGGACUCGACCGCGCCUGUAAGACCCUGUACGCCGUCUUUCGCGUCCGCUGGCGUCUUGAGGUUCAGGAGCACCUCCUAGAGUCUGAUCACCAACAUUUCCCCGUGAUCGCGGCCAAGACCAAGAUGGGGUCUGUCCGCCGCAUUGAGUUUCAGGGAGAGUCCUUUGAAGAGUAUGUCGAUCCGACCGCUGUUCCUGAAGCCUCGUUCACGUCCAGGGUCUCGAACGAUGGUCACGCCUUGGCCAAGUAUGUCUGGGCUGAGGUCACAGGAGUUCUCUCCAACAGUCAAGCCUUGCUUGUUGUCCGCCCAUUGACCUCUGCCGAACUCUUUGAUCAGGCCAAGGAGGCCUCUCUCGCGAAUGCCGCCGCCGCAGCCGCAGCAGCCGCAGCAUCCAGCAGCCUGAUCACGUCCUCUCGUCGCAGCAACGCCCGAGGCCAGCUCAUCCAGGAGAAGGGGUGGAAGACAAAGUCCAAGAGGAUGGAUCUUGAGGAAGGCAUGAGGAUGCCUAAGCAGCUCAACCUGUCGGCCUUCACGUGUCUCUCUCGCCAAGAUGAGAUGGGUCUGAGGAUGCCCGGUUCCCUCCCCUUGUCGACCUCGACCUCUUCUCAGCAGCUGAUGACGGCGACUCGAUGCCGCCACCUAAGUGGCCAUGCCAACCCGAUGCCGUCCUCCCUCACCUUCUCCUCGAAUGCGGCGUUGCCCUGGUCGGGCAUGUUUGUGACGAUUGCGUUGAACGCCUGGAGGCAGUGGAUCCAGACCGUGCAUGCGGGUCAGGCACAGUUCCAGGAUUGGUGCGAGUACUUGUUGGAGACGACGAUUGACCAGGUGAUUGAGAGUUUGUCGUUGGGAUUGACACUCCUGGGCAUUGAAGAGGCUCCCCGAUCGAACGGUGAUACCAACACUGCUGUUACCGACGGAUCGUAUCAUCAGCUUCAGGUUGAAGAUGGAAGGCAGAAGGAGGAUUCUGCGGUGCAAUGCGUCCACCAGAAGGCCUUGGAGCCCGCUCACCCUGACACUACCACUACUACAUAUACUACCACGACCACCACUACCACUACCACAACGACCUCCACAUUUUUCCAACAACAGCAACAACAAAAGGCCGCACGACACCAACAGACACUCUCGGGCCUCAACCGUGCAGGCAAGAUCCUGCAGAGCAAGUACCCGUCGAUCGAGGGCGUUGUCCGCAACAUUGGCAACAGCUGGUUAGGCCAAAAGAUCAAGACCCGCUUAGAGCAGAGGCUGGAUGUUGUUGCGGAUCAAGUCGUUGACUGGUGGGAGGCGGGUGCUGAGGUUCCCUUGCCUCUUCCUUGUACUCUUGCCUCGUGGUCUUCUCUUAACAGGUCUGCUUCUUCGUCGUUUUCAUCGUCCAGUGGUGGCGCGACUGUGUCCGAGUUGGACGAGUCGGAUGCGCUGUUCAUGGCGGAGGAGGCUCCUGUUGUUGGUGUCCCUUGUGACAGCCACACCACCCCAAUCCUUGUAGAAUAG